AUGGAGUAUAUCCUAACGAAUUUUCAGAUCUGGUUAUGUGGUGGUUCUGUUUUAGUGGCACCAUGCAGUCAUGUUGGUCACAUAUUUCGUAUGCGUCGUCCAUACAAAAGUAUACCGGGCAGGGAUUCCAAUUUGUAUAAUUCGCUACGGACAGUUAAAGUUUGGUUCGACGAUUAUGAAAAGUACUUCUAUGAAAAACGACCGGAAGCGAAAGAGAUGGACGCAGGUGAUUUGAGCGAACGAUUGGAGCUGAAGAAAAAACUGAACUGUAAACCAAUCCGAUGGUUUAUCGAUGAAAUUUGCCCGGAGCUGCAACCCAAAAGGACUUUACACGAAGAUCUCUAA